CGCGGACCUGCCCAGUAAAUGCGAGGCUUCCGCUCGACGAGUAUACGUAGCGGUAAGAGAGUGCGUAACAAGCGCACCGUACACAGACAGUUUUUCGCACUUCGGCGACGUCGUCGUCGUCGUCGUUGCUAUCACUUCAAAGAGAACAGUAUCCGGACAUCAACAUGCCGCUCAGCAUUGGCGUUAAUCUACGAGUGACCGGCCACUGUAAUCAGGGCGGUCGCAAAUACAUGGAGGACAUGUUCUGCGUGGCGUUCCAGCCGACCCCGGACGACAAGGAUCUGGAAUACGCGUUUUUCGGAAUCUUCGACGGCCACGGAGGCGGAGAAGCCGCGACCUUCGCCAAGGAACAUCUCAUGGAUAUUAUUGUGAAGCAAAAAAAUUUCUGGAGCGAUCGCGACGAGGAUGUGCUGCGGGCGAUCAGGGACGGAUAUAUGAACACUCACUACGCGAUGUGGCGGGAGCUCGACAAAUGGCCGAGAACCGCAUCUGGAUUGCCAUCCACAGCUGGCACAACCGCCAGCAUUGCUUUUAUAAGGAAGGGCAAGAUAUACAUAGGUCAUGUGGGAGAUUCCGCUAUUAUAUUGGGAUAUCAGGCAGAGGAUGAUCCUCAAUGGAGAGCAAAGGCACUUACGAGAGAUCACAAGCCAGAGAGCGUGCUAGAAAUGACGCGUAUACAGGAAUCUGGUGGAAAAGUGGUCAGUAAAUCCGGUGUUCCAAGGGUUGUGUGGAACAGACCUCGCAUUGGGCACAAAGGUCCAGUUCGAAGAUCCACUCAUAUGGAUGAGAUCCCAUUCCUUGCAGUAGCCAGAUCUCUAGGUGAUUUAUGGAGUUACAAUUCAGAAUUGAAUACCUUUGUCGUCUCCCCUGAGCCGGAUGUGAAAGUUAUUCCAGUUGAUGUCAAAUCACAUCGUUGUCUUAUUUUUGGUACUGAUGGCCUAUGGAAUAUGUUAUCUCCGCAAGCUGCAGUAGCUAUUGUCCAAACCACAGACAGACACAAUGAGAAACAUUUGAUAGCCUCUCAGCAGACCGGUAAUGGACAGGCUGAUUUACAAAUGUGGAUAAAUCCUUCGAAAAAUCUUGUGGAUCGUGCAUUAGAGAGGUGGUCAUCGACGAGGUUACGAGCAGAUAAUACUAGUGUUGUAACAUUAAUGUUAGAUCCAUCAGGACCAUGCCGCAGUGAGGUAUUGUUUAAUCAAAAGAAGGACCGUGUUAUACAUCACGGAACACAAGUACCAGUUACGACAAGAGAACCUGAAAUUGUUGAGAGAAUUAGUUCAAAAAUUACAACGCCGUGCAUGUGCAUGCCAAUACCACCGCCAAGCGCUUCCUUGGAUCUUGACAUUGAUCCUAAACAACCGGACUCAUCGAACGGAAAUGAGGAGACUGUCGAUCAAACGUUACAGCCCGAGAUGGUCUCAUGUCCUGAAAAAUCAAUUUCUUCAGAGAUUGACGCUUCGGAAUUACGGGAGACCGCGAUAGACAAGAGUAUCGUGACUACCGAUGUCGGCGAAAGUAUUCAGGUCGCCGAAAUUUCCUCCAGUCAAAUGUCAGAAGAACCUGGAGAUUUGGAAAGUAAGAAAACAAAUGAAAUCAAUCGUGAGAAAUUAGAAUGUUUCGAGGACGAAAAAAAGCCAAUAGUUGAACAGAAUGAAAAUGAAAAAGCAAAGGAUGAUCAUUUGCAGAGUCCGAUCCAAUCAAACUUAAAAUCAAAUAAUUUCAUCGAGCCUAAAGAAAUUAUAACUGAAACAGGGAUGUCUAACGCGACUCGACAGAAUGCAUGUUCCAAUGCGAAUGAGGAGGCACUUCACCCUCCUCUUGUAAGUAGGUUACGUCGAAGCGGUAUUGUUUCUGUUAAAAGUAACAGUUUUGAUAAUGAUGAGGUGAAAAGUGGCGUCUUAAAUGGAUCGAGACAUAAGCAGCACCCUUUAUUUCCCGCGAGAGCGGACGUCAGAACGAUAAAGCGACGACAUAGUUUGAGCUCUUCUCAGACUCAGAAUACUUUCACCGACGUCGCACCGACUCCAGAUUCGAAGACUUAUGUAAGCGUGAAGUCGCGGUACAGCAGGGUAACGAAAUCAUCUAUCGCGGAAAGUACGAUGGUAGAGGAGACGAAGAAUGCAUUGAAAACGGCUAGCGACUGUGUUAUAAGUAAUAAACGUAGACAUAGCACAAUCACACAAGCCUCUGUCUCGUCAUCUGGAGUUGAGAAUAGCUGUCCACAGCAAGAACCAUGUGCAAAGAUGAGGACGCGUUCUGAGGACCAACGACACAGUCCCACGGAUGAGAAUGAUCCGGCCAAUCAAGCGAUGGAGAAUGCUAAUGCCCGAUUAAGUUGGCCCACAUCAGAUAAACGAUCGGAUUCAUCAUUAAACGGUGCCACUUUAACGACGCUCUCUUCGUCAUCGAAUACGUUUCAACGUAGAAGUUUAGAAAAAAAGGCUACGCCUGUAAAAGCCAUUAGGAGAUCGUCCAUCAAUGGUUCGACUCGACUGCAACAUCUAAGAGGCAGUUUUGGCCUAAGGGAAUGGGACCAAGGAAGAAAUAACCGAACAAACAAUUGUAAUAAUAGAAGGACAUUAAAUAGGACAGUAACGAUAAUCGGUCCUACGGAUUCGACGAUACCACAGCGAUGGCUAAGAUCAGAUACAAUGGCGGCAACGCCUGUGAAAACACUACGUUCGCGUAACGUAGAUAUCGCCGGGCACACAAUAUCUGCGCAAUUAGUUCAUCAAUACGGAGUAGUGAAGCAAAAUCGAUUGCCUCUACCGAAGCUGAAGCAGUCCGCGAACGGUGGAUCGCUGCAAUCGAGUAGAGUCAGGUCUUCCUCGUUGUCAGCCAAUAAACUUAAACAAGCAAAUGGUAACAGUGGAAGCGUGAGUACCUGCGCUACCAUAAAUCCCUCGACAGCAGGUUCCACUUCUGCUAUAGCUAAAAAAGUCAAAUCACCGUAUAAUCCUAGUGCUCGAUCUCUGAGCACGCGAUCUCGAAUCAAACGUCUUGGAAAGUAAGAGAAUAAUGAAUGGUUGUAGUUUUGCGAAUUCGCGAAUUUUAGGGUAUGACAUUCUUAUCCUUAUUUUGCUAUCUGCGAAUUAUCUAGUUACGAUAUAAAAAGUGAUUGUUACAUGCAUUUUAUAUUUCUUUAAAAUUUCCCCACUUUCAUCUUUGAAACUACGUAUUCUCUUUUAUUCGAGGUGUCUGCUAUGA